AUGAUGAUUCCUGCAGCCAUGUCUGAUAAACCCAAUAUGGCCAAGAUUGAGAAAUUCAAUAAAUCGAAAUUUAGGAAGACUGAAAAGCAAGAGAAAAAUCCACUGCCUUCUGAAGAAACGAUUGAAGAGGAGAAGCAAGCAGGCGAAUCAUAA